CUGUUGUAAUGCAAUCAUCAUGUCCACCGAAACCAUAACAAAACGCCUGCACAUAUCUGGACUCACAACACCCGCCAUCACACCCGCUGACCUUGCAAAGCGACUCGGCGCCUUUGGCAGGGUUAUCUCGCUCGAUGGUUUUGGGAAACUUGAUGCACUAGGCCAACUGAGGCCUUUCGGGUACGCGACGAUUGAAGGUCACAAAACAGACUUGGCGAGAUGCGUAAAUGUACUGAGUGGAACAGUAUGGAAGGGCGCCAAGCUCCGUAUUGGAGAUGCAAAACCAGAUUUUCGUGAGCGACUCGCCUCCAUCCCCUCUCCACCACCCAAAAAACGCCGUGCCAAUUCCAAGGUAGGUACCCACGCACCUGAUAUGUCACUGAUCACGCCUGAGACAGCACUUACCCGAGGGGGGUGGAGGGUCACCGAGAUGGGACGUGUGGUGAGAGUCAUGAGGAUGAGACCUGAGAAAGCUUUGGAGCCGCCCCGGGCACUUGCCAGUGCAGGGACCAAGAAGCGUGACAAGGAUGGGAAACUUGGGACAGGGAGACGCAAAAAACGCGUCAAACUUCCCGCUACGCGUGCGCGCCGCCGGACGAUCGAUCCGACGCGUUGGGACUCAACACACCUGAAGGGUAUCUGGUUGGAUGCUGAGGUAGCGGGCGCAAUGGAUGUUGUAGACCACGCCAAUGGGUCCGUAAUACCGAGAAAAAGACAUGCUGAAGAGGCCAAGAGCAGUGACAAUGAACAGGACACUGAAAGCGCACAUAGCACCGAGGAUGAAGGUGAUGACCACGAGUCCCCACCACCGCCCGUCCCAAAAUCUAUCGUUUCUCCACUCCCAUUACCAGUGCUGUCCUCCUUUCCCACCGCUCGUCCACCCAUCACUGAAGCCGCGACUGGAGAAAUUCCCUCCCUCGCACAAGAGAAGCUCACCUCUCUCGCAUUCCUUCACUCCCUUUUCGACAAAGACGGGGAUGAAGGAUGGGGUGGACAGGAGACCUUGUCUGAUGUUGAAGAUGCGCGUCUUGAGGGUAAAGGCAAGGCGAGGGAAACUGAGACACGGAUGGAUGUGGGUGGGGGCGAUAUCGAGAUCGAGGAAGUUCCGCAAGCGAAAUACGAGGAUACGGAGAUGGGAUCAGACACGGCGAUGUCUCCGAUCAAAUCGCAGUCUCGCCCUACAUCCACGUCAGAGCCGUCUGCUCAGAACCAGAAGCAAACAAUGCUAAAAGAUCUGUUCGCACCGAGGGAGGAGGAAGCCGGAUUUUCAUUACUCGGUCAUCUCGACCUCGAUUUUGAAGAGGAAGACAUUCUCGGGAUUUCAGAUCUUCCCCACCUCACUCAACCAGAUCACGCGCUGGCUCUCCCCCACGCAGUCUCCAUUCCUCGUGAACAACCACAAGUACAUCCAACGCUAGACCCGAAUUUCCCCUUCUUCUUCCCUCUCCCAUCAACCCUCCGUUCGCGUUCCUCCAACACAAGAAAUACACCUCAAGACAUAUUCUCCCUUUUCCCUUGCGGGAAGCAAGACAGAAGCGGCGAGCCUUUCUCCCGCACCCAAAAUACCUCCGAAAUCCACUCCCAGUGGGAAGCUCAAAAGGGUGCGCUGACAAGGGAGUGGAAGGCUCGGUGGAGAGAGGCUUCGAAGGGGAAGAGAGGGAGGGAUGAGUGAAUGUGUUCAAGUGAGGGAGUUUGGAGUCAGAAGGUUCUCGCUCUAAGAGCAUCUCUGGGGUCUGUAAUGCGGGCAUCAUGAAAUAGUGUACUGUCUCUUCCUUGCUCUUCAUCUCGCAUCCGGAAUUUUUGUUUGCUCCGCUUGCGAAGAAAGUGAUCUUCCAAUAUAGCUUCGGUACU